AUGCCUUCCGCCAACAAUCCCACUCUCCAGUACGACAUCACCCACAGUGUCUGGGCGCACAACUACGACAUCGCCGUCCACGGCUCGCAUGUCAUCCACGUGGAUAACUCGAGCCUCACCCCAGGGAAACCAGACUUGACCUUCCACUCUGGUCCCAACUCCCACGCGCAGGUUGUGGGGGUCUGCAAAUUCGAACACUUUUCCACCGGCACCAAAAUUGGGCUGGGAGAUCCCAAGCAGCCCAGCAAGAUGAUCUAUGAGAAGAUGCUCAAGGACGGGAUCAUGUCUCCUCGAUACUCCUUCCGUGUAAAUAUCGGCGGGUAUUCGAGGCACUUGACGUGGAAGAAAACCCAUUCGAUGGGCACGGGUCCAUCAGGGAAUUUUAAGUUGGUCGACGACACCAGCCAGCGGGUCCUUGCGGUGUUCUCAUCGGCCAGUGCCUUUUCCUUCAAGACUGGCAAUAUCGCCCUCUACGUGGACCACGGCGAACCGUUCCGACUCAUGACGCUGAUGACGGGGAUCGCGGUACGCGAAAGUCUCAGGCGCCGACGAAGUAGUUCUGCUGCAGCGGGAGGUGGGGGCGGGGGUGCGUGA